AUGUCUAUCCAAGAGACUUUUCCGGACCCCCCUGAUGACCUGUUCAAGUGGGCUAGUCAUGGCCCCAACGAGACUAGGAGCCGGACUGCUAUGGGCUGGAUGUAUGAGCUUUAUGACACGAUGAGAUGUGGUUCGACAUAUGCUCAUGGAUCCUGGGGCUACACAGUAUUGCGCACCAUAUACUCUGACGAAUCCGAUCGGCUCUGGCCGAUUGCGUUGGCCAAGUUGAGACUCUGGGUUACUAAAUAUUUCAUCCAUUACGGCCGUCUUACAGAAAACAAACCUGAUGGGACCGUGAACUUUGAACUUGGCCGUCGCUUCGUCCUCGAGGUUGUCGAAAGCAAGGAGCUGGAAGCUCUCCAACUUCCCGACCUCGCCAAGGCGAAUCAAAAUGACAUCAAAUCCCUAACAGGAAUCUUCGACGCCUGGCUCCGCCAAGCUGUCAAGACCGACGAGGUCCAAUUUAAUCGCAACCCGAGAUUUGUGGAUUUCCUCAUUAUCGAUGAGGGCUCUCUUCGAUCCUUGGCCGCACUGCCCGAAGAGACGAUACCCUUGGCACCAAUAUCUAUGCAGGAGAGAAGGGCACGGACGACCGUUUAUGGUAGACCGUACCUCUGGUUAAUCGAUUCGCAAGCUGUGAGACGCUACCAAGGUAUAGACGAUAUGGAAAACUACAAUGGGUUAAUGAAGCUCAAAGCUCGCGAUAUCCCCUACGCUUGGUUUCAAAGAGCCCCUAGGUCGGAGGAUGAAUAUCACAUCUUUAAGCGCUCCGAGGCACCCGACGGAUCUGGUGUGUGGUUUGUAGGCUCCUUCUAG